AAAGAGCCAACGUGUAAAGCUCUGCCCACUUGUUUACAUCGUGAUUGUUUUCGCUCUUCCUAAUCAAGCAAAACGCACUUGUUUGCCGAUCCCUUGAUGUAAUUAAAAGAAACAUGUUGGAGAAUUUAAGAGAUAAAAUUCUAAACGUUCAGUAUGAUUUAUCAGCCAGCUUUAGGAAUUUAGCUACUGGAGAUUCUCAGUCAAGAGCAAAGAAGCAAAGCUAUAAAGGGAUAUCCCAGAAUGCAGGAGGAGAUUUACUUCACUAUUACCAACAAUUAUGGGCCGAGCUUCAUGACAAUGAUGCAUCCAGUGCUAAAAAAGCUGAGGAAGUGGAUGCCAUUAUAGGAAAACUUCAUUCAUACUGUUUUGAACAUCUGUCUGUUAUUCGACAAUUAAACACCCAACUUGCAUCUCUUCCUCAAUUACAGACAAGUAUAUUGGAUCUAAUGAGUAAAAUAGGUGAGUUAGAAGGUAUAUUUGAAGAAGUCGAAGAUGCUCUCAUGAAUUUAGAAGAUGUUAUAGAAACACAAGAACUUCAAGAAAGACAACUUGAUCAUAGAUUUCAGCUUGCAAUGUAUAAAGAGAAAAAAUUAGCUGAUUUUGAAGAUAUGAAAGUUAAACUGGGUGAAGAACAUGCUCACAGAGUUUUUGAAUAUGAGAAAAAGCAGGAGGCAGUUUUAAGAGAAAGACAGAACACUUUCCAAGAAGCAUUUGAAGAAGAAUUGCAACAGUACAAAACUCAUGGUAUUAAAGAGUUGAGAAAAAGGGUGUCAAGUCAGAGUAGUGCAACAUCUGUAUCAUUGGAGGAGAUUGAUCUUGAAGAAGAUAUAUCAGCUUUAGAUGAUUUUCUAGGGGAAGAUAAUCCUGAAGAAACUAAUGUGAAAGCUGAGGAACAAGAAUCAAGUGAUAAUGAACCCAAUAAUGGAGCUAAUGUUGAAACAACUAUUUCCUCAACAGAUCACACAAGAUCUCCACAAGAUCAAAAGCAAUGAUAUAAUUAUUUUUAGCAUGUAUAUUUGGGCACUAAUUUAAAAUAAUUUAUAGCA